ACAUAAGUGAAAUGAAAGGGAAGAGAAAGCAGAAGGGAUAUCAUUGAUGUACAUGGAAAAUAAAAAAGGACCUAAGAUGGACCCUUAUAAAAAUCCCAAAUUAACAAAGCCAAUGUCAGAUCUUUUGUAGUUUAUAUUGACAAUUAGUGUGCGACUACUCAAAUAUAUAUAUAUAUAUAUAAUAUCAGUGAGCUGAAAUUAAAUUUUUGGCAAAUCAAUGGCAAUAUGAAAAAUCAAGCAAUAUAACAAUAAUGAAAUAAAAAUUCAGUAUUAGCAUGGAACCUAGCAAAGCUGUUGAACAAUAAUUACCAGAUCUAAAGCCUGAUUGAAAAGGAGGAAAUUGUGAAAAUUUAAGAGAAGAGAUUUGCUUCCGAGUGUAAAUGUGACAUGGAUACAAGAUUAAAAUUCAACCUUCAUACAGAAACCACAUGCAAAACGAGCAUGCAAAUAACUUGCAUUUAUGUACAGAACCCCCUUUUGAUUUUUCAGACAUUGCUCCAUUAUCUGCCUCGAUACUUCCAUUGUCUGACUGGUACUUGAAUAUUGUCAUCGGUACAAUGUGUAAACAGCUGCUCCAUCUAAGCAUGCCACAAGGCGAGGUCUUGCUACCCGAAGCCAUUAAGGACCAGAGUUCCAUGACUACCCCAGGUCACACAACAACCUGAAGCCACUGGCUGAACCAGUAGAGUCAGAAUUUGAGUCUAUGAGAUAGACACUAUAACACUCAACCUGAUUAGAGUCUGAGACCCGAGUGGAAUCUUCCCAAGUUUGUCAGUAGAAGAGGGCUUCCAGCGUCCUUCAGACUAACAACCCUGACAAUGUUCCUCAUGUGCAUGAAGGCACUGAGAAAUAAAACAGACUGUUAACCAGGGGCACCCCUCCUUAAACUGGAGAAUUUAUUCCUUUAUUUCCUUCUUUCCAGAACAAGUCCGCUCUACCUCAAUAAGGAGAUAUCCAGAGACAUGAGAGACAGAGAGAUCUGUACAAUAUGUUAGUUCUGUUUGCUCACCAUUCAUGAUAUAAAAUAUACAAACAACAUUUUUAAACUUGAUCUUCUGAAAACUUAAGUUCACUCCUUGAAAGAAAGGUUGAUUUACUAUUUGUCCAUGGUCUUCUUAACAAUGUGAUUCCUCCAAGCACUCAUCCCAAUUUCCAUCCCACCUGCCCACGAUCACAGUACAAUGUUAUUUUACUAACAUUUCUACCAUACAAACUUGCUCUCCCAUAAAUAGAAUGAUGGAUCAUCUUGCUUAUGUUUGUUUCAAUGUGGUUUUUGUUAUUUUGUUAUUUGUUCCUUACAUAGUUGGCUAUGAAUGAUGUAAUUUGUGUAUCCUAGAUCCAUAUAUGUCUAUGCACUGUGCACCUUAGCUGUUUGUGUACUUUUGCACCUUGUGUCUUUGACCCAGGUUUGAAUUUAGUUGUUAUAUGCCUCUUUGUUUGUGUAUAUUUGUUGUUUAACCUGUUUUGUGCAUUUCUUUUGUUUGCAUCGUGAGAAAUAAAGAGUCCGAGAGGUACUUUUACUGUACAAAAUACCUAGUACCUACUUUAAUACUAGUAUGAGAGGUACUUUUAUUGUACAAAAUAUUUAGUACCUACUUUAAUACUAGUGCGUGAAGUACUUUUUCUGUAGAAAAUACUUAGUACCUACUUUAAUAAUAGUCCGAGAGGUACUUUUUCUGUAGAAAGUACUUAGUACCUACUUUAGUACUAGUACAAGAGGUACUUUUACUGUACAAAAUACUUAGUAUCUACUUUCAUAUUAGCACGAGAGGUACUUUUACUGUACAAAAUACCUAGUACCUACUUUCAUACUACGAGGAUACUUUUACUGCAGAAAAUACUUAGUACCUACUUUCAUACUAGUACGAGAGCACAUGACCACGUGGAGCCUGUUUGUCUCGUGAAUGUUGUCCACCAUAGAGUUCCACGCGAUUUUCACUAUGUACCGUCUACCUAGGGCAUUACAGUGUCGAUUUUUUUCAAAAAAAGCUUUUGAACUUUCUCCCGAGGUGGAAUCGGCCCUCAGAGAGAAAAGGCCUGUCGUGGCUCUCGAAUCGACAAUAAUAACACAUGGUAUGCCUCAUCCCAGCAAUUUAACCACUGCUAUCGCCGUCCAAGACAUUAUCAGGGCCCAGAAUGCCAUCCCUGCGUUGGUCGCUGUCAUGAAUGGAACAAUCAAGGUUGGAUUAAGCAAUAAACAAAUUGAAGAACUGGCUGAUCCAAAAAGCAAAGCUGUUAAAACGUCAAGAAGGGAUUUUCCUUAUGUCAUAAGCAAUAAACUUAACGGGGGAACUACAGUUUCUGGCACUCUGUUUGUCUGCAGUUCCGUUGGCAUUGAUAUUUUCGUAACAGGUGGUAUUGGUGGUGUACAUAGGGAUGGUGAAGUGUCAUUAGACAUCAGUGCUGACUUAGUAGAACUCGGCAGGCAUUCUAUAAUGGUUGUCUCAAGUGGUGUCAAAAGUAUUCUUGACAUUGAGAGAACUUUGGAAUAUCUUGAAACAGAAGGAGUAUGUGUUGUGACAUAUGGGUCAAGUAAAAAUUUCCCUGCUUUCUACAGCGAAGAAUCAGGUCAGUUGUCACCAUACCAUGUAAUGGAACCGCACCAGGCGGCAAAGUUACUACAUAGCAGUAAGCAAAUUGGUCUAGACUCUGGUAUUCUUCUGGCAGUACCUGUUCCCAAUCAGUUCUCCAUUGAUUUAAAGGAAAUGAACACGGUUAUAAAUUUGGCUUUGGAUGCUGCCGAACAGCAGGGCAUUAACGGCAAAAAUGUCACGCCUUUCGUCCUCGACAAAGUUAGCCAGCUUACAAAAGGAAAAAGUCUGGAAACGAAUAUUGCUCUUAUUAAAAAUAAUGCACAUAUUGGUGCAAAAGUGGCUGUGGAAUAUACAAAAUUAAACAAGAUGAGUCCCCCUGGAGUACCACCAGUGAUUCAAAAGGACAACAAGAGACCGGUCGUCAUCGGUGGAUCGGUGCUCGACUGUGCUUUAACCAUUUGUGACGAGUUGCAGAGCCGAGGAUAUCGUGUCGACUACUCAGCUGCUGAACGGUGGAGUGGAGAGGUCGGAAUCCAAAUUGAAGAUAAUAAAAUAACCAUGUGUGCAAAUAUCGAUACACAAUCAUAUCAAUAAACAUGGUGUCAUAUA